GGAUUGUGAACAACCGGAUGCAGUCCUCCCUGCGCUUCACAAGGAACGGCCCACUCGGAUCCGGUUCAGUUGGGAAUGGCGUCACUUGAUUGGCUCGACCAGAGCACUGGACGAACAACAACGGGGUAGCGACGGGGGAAUUGACGGGGACUUGAGCGUCGUCACCGUCAGUCGUUACCUCUACCUUCAAAUCCCAACAACAUCCUCCCAAAGUCGACUCUUGUCUCUCGAUUCUCUCGUCAGCUUCACCGUCGUCUCUCUAUCAGUUCAAUUCCAGCCCGACCAUUGUAGUUCAGCUUUCCGUCCCCCGUAAUAUGGAACCCCGGUGAUAUAUAAACCGCCACCGAAGGCCGUAACACACGACCAUAUCGAUACCUACCUUACCCUGUUGCUACAUCAUUACACAAACACCAAGAUGCCUCCGCGUCGUUCCCACAAAAAGUCAAGGGCGGGUUGCCGCCGUUGCAAGUCGAGAAAGAUCAAGUGCGAUGAAGUACAUCCUCGAUGCGGUAACUGCGUCAAGCACGGCGUCCCUUGCGACUUCGAACAUCCCGAAAUCAUCGCCGAGCUUCAAGCUGCUCAAGCUGCUUCAGCAUCCAGUCCAUCGACCGCAGGAACCCCCUAUACUCCUGCGUACUCCCCCGGUGCCGAGUCCGUAUCGAAUGCAUCAACCUCGCGCCUCCAACGAGCACCGCCCCUAUGCCGCUCACCACCCUCACAAGCUCUCUCGACAACCACUCCGGCCGCCCACCGAAUGCUCGAGUUGAGAUUGAUGCAUCAGUACACCGCCAUGACAUGCAAGACAUUUACCUUCACCGCCCCCACGACGGAGGACAUAUGGAAGAUUACCGUGCCAGGCAUGGCUUUCUCGGGUUCUCAACACCUCACAGAUGCCAUCCUCGCCGUCGCCGCACUGCACUUGCGAAGUCAAUCACCAAACGACAAAAACCUAGUCCGCGCUUCACACGCAUACAUGGCGGCUUCCCUAGCCGAAUACAGCGCAACACUUACCAAGGGCAUCGAUAGCUCCAAUGCCGAAUCCCUCUUCCUAACCGCCUCCCUCAUCGCCUUCCAAUCAACAGCCACCCGUGUCUUUAUGAAAGACGAACUGAGCCUCGCUCAAGCAACCGGGAACUACCCCGAGGAUUUCAACAAGCAGGGCCGAUACACAGCAGCUGGAUGCUACUCUAUCCCCUUCUCAUGGUUCCAUUCCUUCCAAGGCGUCAAAGCAGUCACGGCCGCCUCCUGGCAAUGGCUUCGGAACAGUCCCGUAGUAACAGAAGUAAUCAACUCCCAAGCUGUUUUGCAACUCGACUUUGGGCCCAACCGCCAAACUUUCUUCGGUCAUCUUCUAGACGGGCUGGACGAGGAAUUGGAAGAAAUGGCCAACCCCUCACGACCAGCACCAUUACACACCGAUUCACCCGGGCAACCCUUCCAACAGCGCCGAGCACCUGCCUCCCCAGAACUGGUAACCAGAACCCGCCAAGCAUACCAGCACGCCGUCGCCGUGCUCAAUUGGGCGCAUAAAAUCCCUCACAAAGGGGCCCCACUCGCAUUUCCAGCAACUGUAUCCAAGCGCUUCAUAGAAACGCUCGAAGAGCGCCGCCCACGGGCUCUCGCCAUUCUCGCAUGUUUCUUCGCCCUUCUGAAAUCUCUCGACUCGAUAUGGUGGCUGCACGGCAUGGCCCGCCGGGAAGUCCUUGGUGUAGUAUCCCUCUUCAACAGCGACUUCUUUGGUCCCGAAGCGUAUAGUAAGUGGUGGCCGCACCUCGAGUGGGCGAUGCGGAUCGCGCUAUACGAGACGCCGGACGGCAGCUCGACGAUACCACCCGAGGUGUGGGGAGCAGAUUGGUACGCGGAGGAACAGGCGCUGGAGAGCCAGGGGGAACACAACUAUUAUCGGCAUAUUGAGUUGCUGAGCCAGAUGACUAAUCCGACAAAGAGUAUUCCUGUUGUUCCUGAGUGAAUAGUCAUCGAUAAGAGGGGAUACACCGAAAAGUGGGAAUGUGAAGAUCAAAGCGAGAAGAAACCUGAGAGGGACCACCGCUGGUAGGUGGUCCCUUUAAGUGGGCUUCCGGGAAUACGAAUACGAUGGGGAGUGGGACGCUGGUUGAUACGGUAGCCGAGGAGGGGAGGAAAAUACGUGGCUUCCCCU